AAGUUAUACAAUAAGUUUCUCUACUCUAAUAAGUUACAUAUUAUUAAACAAGCAAGAUGAACUUGAUCAAAAAUCAAUCUGAUUCGUUUAAAUGUUUGAGAAUUUUUGAAACUUACUCGUGGUAAAAAUAUAAAAAUAAUCAAGAAAUGGAUCAAAUCUGAAAAUUUAAGUUCAAACUAGUUCAAAAUAAAACAAUUCUACAUAUUAAAUUUAAUCUGUUAUCUAAGUUAGUUUAUUGUCAAACUAAGGUUAAGUUACCUUGGGUAAUUCUCAUAAAAAUUUUAUCUUAUCACUUCUAGAGCUAGACGAUUCGAGAAGAAAGUGCCAAUAAACUCUUUUGAAUUGGAGGUUCAAAAUUGAAGACUUGUUCUUUGUUGCAAUAGCAAUUUUUUGAUUAAAUUUCAAAAAAUAAUGAUUUCCUUUAUUAAUAAAUUUAAUAAAUUUUAAUUAGAUUCAAACUUACGUCCUCAUUAAAGAUAGAUCUAAGUGUUCAGUUAUUUAAUCUCAAAAUUUACAUAUUGACAAUUUCGAUGCUUAAAUAUCAUGAACUAUAAAAUCUGAAAACUAGUUUCAAUCUAUUUUAAUGCCAAGAGUCUUUAAUCUAUUUAACUCUAUCAACAUGCUUCUUUUUGUCUAAUCAUUUGCUAAAUAAAGAUUUUCAUUGGCAGAAGCAAAAUGUUCAAAUAUCCCGGUACACUUGAAAACCCUACUCCAAACAGUAAUUGCUGAUAAUGAUAAUAUAGCAAUUACUCAAUAGACGAUUGUUCUCUUGCGUGUCAUCGGAGAAUUUUGCAGGCAAUCCGAGCAGCUCCAACUCAUCACCGCCAUCUUAUAUAUCUCAGUAAUUGAAACAAAAGGGAAACAGCCAUGAUUAAUAUCGCUGGAGUCAUCAGUAUUACAAUUUUUUAUUUGCUUAUUCUGGUUGUUGGAAUUUGGGCAGGACGUAAAAAGGCAGAAGGAAAUGAUUCGGAAGAGGAAGUUAUGCUUGCGGGACGCUCCAUUGGUCUGUUUGUGGGAAUAUUCACAAUGACAGCAACGUGGGUCGGUGGAGGCUACAUAAACGGUACAGCAGAAGCCAUUUACACCAAUGGAUUGGUAUGGUGUCAAGCACCAUUUGGAUAUGCAUUAAGUUUAGUGUUUGGCGGAAUGUUCUUUGCAAAUCCAAUGCGAAAGCAAGGUUACGUGACGAUGUUGGAUCCUUUGCAAGACAGCUUUGGUGAGCGUAUGGGUGGCUUGCUAUUUUUACCCGCAUUAUGUGGUGAAGUGUUUUGGGCAGCUGGCAUAUUAGCAGCAUUGGGCGCCACAUUAGCUGUAAUUAUUGACAUGGAGAAGGAGACAUCUGUCAUCUUCUCAGCAUGCAUUGCUGUCUUUUACACGCUUUUCGGUGGUCUAUAUUCGGUAGCUUAUACUGACGUCAUACAGCUGUUCUGUAUUUUUAUUGGAUUAUGGAUGUGCAUACCAUUUGCAUGGACGAAUGACCAUGUAAAGCCUUUAUCAGGCAUGGAGGUCGAUUGGAUUGGUGAGAUUGGCGAAAAGAAGUUUUGGUUCUAUUGCGAUUAUGGAUUGCUGCUUAUCUUUGGUGGCAUACCAUGGCAGGUUUACUUCCAAAGAGUUUUGUCGAGUAAAACAGCAGGACGUGCACAAAUCUUAUCAUAUGUUGCAGCAUUUGGAUGUCUCCUCAUGGCAAUUCCACCCGUUCUUAUCGGAGCAAUUGCUAAAGCAACACCAUGGAAUGAGACUGACUAUCCUGGUCCAUGGCCAUUAACUGCAGAAGAGACAAGCAUGAUCCUUCCAAUGGUAUUACAAUAUCUUACUCCCGAUUUCGUAUCAUUCUUCGGAUUGGGUGCUGUAUCAGCCGCUGUAAUGUCUUCAGCCGAUUCAUCAGUAUUAUCAGCAGCAUCAAUGUUUGCUCGCAAUGUAUACAAACUUGUUUUUAGACCACAUGCAGCUGAGAUGGAAAUUAUUUGGGUUAUGAGAGGUGGAAUUAUCGUUGUUGGAAUUUUAGCUACCGUCAUGGCACUCACAAUUCCUUCAAUUUAUGGAUUAUGGUCCAUGUGCUCCGAUCUUGUUUAUGUCAUCUUAUUUCCACAGCUUCUUAUGGUUGUUCAUUUUAAACACCAUUGUAAUACUUACGGAAGCUUAUCAGCGUACUUGAUCGCAUUUUUCGUACGAUUAUCUGGUGGUGAACCAAUUCUCGGUCUACCAGCUGCAAUUCAUUUUCCCGGAUAUGAUGAGGAAACUCAAGAGCAACUGUUUCCAUUCCGCACAAUGGCAAUGUUGUUGAGCUUAUUUACGUUAGCUGGAGUAUCAUGGCUAUCAAAGUGGUUAUUCCUGACAGGAAGACUUUCUCCUGAGUAUGACUUAUUUAGAUGCGUAGUAAAUGUGCCGGAAGAUGUUCAUCGAGUAGAUGAGCCAUCUGAAGUUGAUGGGGAGCAGAUGAGUGUAAUGGCAGGUGCAAUGAGCAAAAUGUACGGUGCAGCAACGAUGGUUGGUAAGGAUGAACGCAACGGUCGAAUAAAUCCAGCGCUAGAACCAGAUGAUGAUUUACCAGCGAUGGAAGCACAAAGACAAAUGCAACAAAUGGCAAUGAGCAGUGCUGCCGCAGCCAUAAGCAAUGUUCAAGUCCCUGGUGGACAUGGCACGACAGCAUUUUAACAAAGAAACUAAGUCCAACGGACUCAUUUCAACUGAUUCAAAAAAAGAAGCAACUGAUACAUAUCAUAAAAAAAGUACUUAAAGAUUUAAAAGAAACAGAAGAAGAUGAAAUAUAUACAUAAUGAAAUGUUUAGUGAUUAUAUAUACAUUAUAUUUAUGCAAAGUAAAUGAUGAAAGUGAAACAAUUCAUAUCAAAUCAUAUACAUAUCAACUAAUUUUAGGACGAUUUUAAUCAAUUAAGAGACAAACUUUAAAUUAGUAGAUGUUAUUUUAAUUUAACUAUGGAAUUAUGGGGAUAUUUAAUAUGUUUUUUGGGAGAUGAGUAGCAUGGAUGUGAAUUAUAUUCAAGGUUUGUAGCUAGUUUGAGGAACUAAAUUGUGGUUAAAUGAGUUUCAUUGCCAAUUAUGAGGCAGAUACGAGUUUUGAAGUUUAAAGAUUAACAGAAUGAAUUUUUUAAGAGCUAUAAUACCUUUAUACUCUAAAUUGAAGUUGCAUAGGGCAAUUCUUCCUGUUGCAUUGCCAAUAAAUGUCUCAUCUGGUUCUUCCCAUUUGAUUGGAACUUUAACUCAAACUGGAUUCUUGGUUUUAACAUAUCUGGCCUACUAUCAAGACGGACUGUGAGUUAAGAUUUGUAAAACGAAUGUUUUAAGGAUAAGUAAACAAAUUAUAAAGGUAAACAAAUGAAUAAUGUAGGCUAGAAUAUUUGAAACAAAUUAAUACCUGAACGAUUUCACAGUUUUUUCAAAGAUUGAUUUAAACUUACAAUCUGUUUCAAUUCUUGCUUACUUUAAAUUGAAAUUUAAAGUAUAUAGAAUUAAAGAAUUAGCGAGGAAUCAUGUUUGAUGAUAUUUUAGUAAUCAGAUCGGUGAAAAGGCUAUUUUUAAGCUAGAUUUAACCUUAGUAUCCAUAAUCGUCCAUAUGAAAAGCAUUGAGUUCCUAAGGAAGGUCAAUGUAACACAUAUGGUCGAUUUUGAUUACUAGGGAAGCUAGUCUGUGUAAAUUUAGCAUAGUUUUGAGGUUGCCUAAUACUAACCUUAUAAUUAUUAGAUUAAAAGGAUCAUCUAAGUAUGUACAUCUGAAGUUAUUUGAGGAUUAAAAAAUAAAUUCAGUUCCUCUAAAAAUGUCUACAAAUUGAUUAUAAUUCUUGUUCAAUUUAUCUCCUUAUUAAUGACUCUAAUCGUAUUAAAAGCAAAUUUGUGGCUUCUCUGAAUUAGACUUUAGGUUUGAAAUUUGAUCAGUUUGAGAUCAUUUUCUUAAUUUUGAUUGAAUUUCAUUAGUUUUACAGUCAAUUGAAGUCGAUUUGAUUUAAUAUCACCUGACUUUGACCUUUUAUUCAAAUAUUAGCACUGUUUAUAAAGCUAUUGCCAGUUGCUGAUAAUUUUAAUAAUUAAAGUAAUAACCUUGCUCUAUUAAAGAUUGUAUAAAAAUUAACAAAACAUACUAGAAUCUUCAAAUUUGAACCUCAAUUCAGGUGUUAAGGUCAAUACAGAACUGUUGUGAAUUUAUUAUUCCCAAUCUUAAAGUAAAUCCCAAGAAAACUUAAGAUUCAAUCGUCAAUUUCAGAGAAGCAACAAAAUAAUUAUGUUAAUGAAUAAUCUAAAAAUCAAAGGUACAUAAAAGUAUUGAAAAGAAAGGCAAGCAAGCAAAGCAGAGCAAGAUUACUAAUUUAGACAAAAUGUUUGCGUAUUAAAUUUAUUAGAAGAUUUUAAAUUAGAUGACAGCAGUAAAAAGUGAAAAAGCAUAUAAAUAUUAAAAUAAUACUGAAGAGAAAUCGACAGAUGAACCUGCCGUUAAAAAAAGUAGCAUAUAAAAUUAUUGAUUUGUUGUUGGCUAAUUGUAAUUCUAUCGACUGUUCAAAUAAUGAAGUAACAAAAUACAAAAAAUAUUUCUUUUGUUCAUUCAUAUCUGUUUUUCAACCCGGAAGCCAUUGAGUUACAACAUUUUGAACUUUUGUUCCAUUUACUGAAUGAAAAGGUUUAUUUCACUCACAUGAUUCAACCCACAGACCUACAGCAAUAUGAUACGAAUUUUUAAAUAAACAAAAAUCCCAUGCAAAUGUCUUAUUUUUUAUUAAUCUUUAAUGCGAAAGCAGGGAUGUAUUUAAGUGAGAGCCAAUUGAGCCAAUUUGAGAUUAGAUUCUUGAUUUAACCUACAUCUCCUCCUGUAUCUAGAUGCAGAAGAAGUUUUAUUUGAGUAAAACCUACAACCUACAACCUACAACCUAGUGAACAAAGAAUAAAGCUAGUGCUUGAUAGCAUAAAGAAUUAAGCUCAGAUCUAGAUUUUUGUGGAUUAGAGCUAAAAUCAUACUUUUGGAUGGUGAACAUGGCUCAAAUCUACUUCAAGUUCUGCUCGAAGGUACUGCUAGGAUCACGAUACAUAAGUACAAAACUAAUGAAUCAAUGGUUGGUCAUUUUCAAUCAUUCUUGUUCAUUAUGAUCAGUUCCUCUUGACAGGAUAUUAGUAAGAGCACUACAAGACAUCCCCUGUUGCAAGAUGAAUACGAUAUUCGAUUAUAAAGAAUAAAUGACGGAAAUAUUUUGCAUGCAAAAGUUAUUUUAUUGUUACAUGUUUUAUUUCAAAUCUUUGAAGCAGAAAAUGUUUAAUUAUAAAACAAAUACCAAGAAAAUGUGACGCGAGAGUGCAAUUGAAACGGUGCUAAUCACUUAAUAUGAGAUGAGAAGAAUAAAAGGAGGAAAAUGAAACAUAAAUGGGAAAAUAAGAAACUAGACGCUUAAAUUAGAUUAAAGCUGUAUGAAAUAGUAAUAAAGGACAGAAAGGAAUGCAUAAUGAAUUAAUGAGAUAAUUACUAGCUGAAUAAGUUGAAAUUAAAAUUAGAUUAAAGAACUAAAGUCUGAACUUUGCUAAUUUGUAUUUAAAUUCUUACUAUAUAUCUCCUAAGGAUUCAGACUUGAUGAAUUAAAUUUUAAUCAUUUUUGAUAAGUUUGACAACCUUGAUCUGAGAGUUUCUAUCGUUUUUCAGACUUUUAACUUAAUUUUGUGGCUUUAUCAAAACCACAAUCAGCUACAUAAUGUCAGAUUCGUCAAUAAAAUCUUCUGACAUUUGCAAAAAAAAUGAUUUCAAUAGCAAAUGCCGUUUUCGAAUACAAAAUAUUCAAAUUUCCACCCACAUACAAUUCAAAAGGACACAAAAAUACCGAAAAAAAGUGAAUUGAAACUUUUUAUUCAACCUUAAUUCCCAUGAAAAAAGCUUUCAACAUCCCACAAUCUAAUAAAUAAAUAUUUUCCCAUUAAAGUUUCAUUUAAUUCUUUGACAGCAUGCAAGUGAUUGUUAUCAAAUUUAAUUUAAAGAAAAUACCUCUUAAUAUGAAUUAUUAAUGUUACACAAAGAGAUGGAUAUGCUAUUUACAAUGCGAGUAAGAAGAGAAGAGAUUAUUAUAUAAAUUUCAAGACAAAUUAAGUUAAUGUUGCUGCAUAUUUAUAAAGUUAUAAAGUAAAGAAGAGAAUGUUCUUUUAUGUAUUAAAGCAGGAAUAAUUUAGGCUGAAAAAAAAUCUUUAUUUAUUAAAUUCUUAUUUAUACUUACCGUACAAUUUGAUUCUUUGACCAAUCAGUUCUUUAUUUAAGAGAUAUAUUAGUAGCCAUAAUAAUCGUUUUAAUGCAGUGGAUUAAAAAAUAUCGAAGAAUAAAAAAUAUGUUUAACAAAUGAAAGUUAUAAAAGCUUUGAAUAGAACUGAUUUUUAGACAAAUAUUAGAAACAAAGUAAAGUUAUAAAUAUAUCCACGUAAAAGUCAAAUUAAAUGAUGCAGAAUGUCUGGGGAUAUGAUGAGUUUUUGGGUCUAGUUUGAGGGAUUAUAAAGAGAUUUAAAAGUAACUUGAAUGUAGCUUAACAAUCUACAUUUUGAAUUCUAUUUUAAGUGUGAUCAGCAAUGAUCAGAGCUUGUGAAUAAUCAGCUCUAUUUUCCAAAGAGCAAAAGGGAACAAAGCUACAUUAAAAUGUCAAAAAACGUUUUUUACAUCAGUUCUUCUUAUCACAUAGCAGUAAUAUAAGCUUAUAAUACAACACAUUGACAUUGAUCUUACAUUAAACUUUAAGCUACUCAUCCCAAUUUGCAAAAAGCUAGAUCUGUGCUUGAAAAUUUGAAUUAUAUUCAAGAUUGAACUUAGUUUCUUCUAGAUUAGGAUCAAUUGAUAAUCCAAGCUACCCUGUUUUAACCUCGAAUUUAGGAUCAUUAGGUUCACGGCUAAUUUCAAUUUUAAUUGACACAUCUGUAUAGCCAAAUGCUUGAUGAUUGGUUCCAAAACAGCUCCUCCUUUGAAAAUUCUAGUUGCGCCACUGAUUUGAAAUAUCAUUGACAAUAGAAUUGUGAUUAUUUCAGAAAUCUAGGUUUUCUUCAAUGCUAAAAACUCUUGAUCUUCCUCAAAUCUCUCCAAAAGACCAUCACUUCCUCAGAAAAAUGCAUUACUUACUGUGUUAUCAAAAAACAAGUACAUAUCAAUAACAUUUUAGAAUUACUAUCAUCGAUAAAACUAAACAAAUCAAAUACACAACAAGACGCAUCACCACAUAACUUAUGAUGAUGGUAAAUGACGUAAAUAAUGAAAUUCAAAUUAAAAAAGAUAAAAAGAAGUGAAAAAAAAUCGAUACAUAUCAUUUAUUGUUAGAAUCUAGACGUAAUUUAAUCACAGACACACAAAAAAAUGAAAUGAAAUAGAAGUAAAAAUAAUAAUGAAACGAAAGAUAUUAUUAAAAUAAUAUAAAUUUUAAAUAUAUAUAUAUAUAUAUACAUACAUAUCAAAUUCAAAGAUGAAGUUUAAGAUGGAAAAAAAGUUGCAUUAAAUGUGUAAAAUUUUGAAUUUAAAAAAGAGAUAAAAAUGAUAUAAGAAGCUCUAGAUGUCACAGAACGUAUUUUAACCCCACAGAUGAAGAAAUACAUAUCAUGAAAGAAAUUUAUGGUGUCCUUCCAAAAAAAUAAUAUACUUAAUGACGAUAUUGAAGAAAAAACAAAUCUGACGAUUGAGUUGAAAAAAAAAAAUAUUUAUUAAUCUAAUUAUUGAAUGAUGUUGCGUUCCAUUAAAAAAUGUUAUGAAUAGUCGUUCUUAUCAUUGUUAUUACUUCCUUUCCUAUUCCUAAUCCUCAGUAAUAUGAGAGUCUUUACAGCUGCUGUUGUACAAUUGAUCAGAAAGAGUUUCUGCUAGCUUUGAGAUUUUACUUUCAAUUUACUUACUUCGAUGGCCGUACAAAUCAACAGUAACCCAUUUUUGGUACACAUCAUGGCUCUAUUGAAAGCUGUCCGAUGGUCUUUUGUCAUCUAAAAUGUCGAACUAUAAGCUGAAAUAUAGUUUGACAUUUUAACUUCAACGACCUUCGACCAAUCGUAAGUUUAAAGUCCUUUUUGAACAAGAUCAAAUUUAGAACCUUUCACAAAUUUUAUUUCGAUUUCUUAUUCGCUUUUUAAAGUUACAAAGUUUGCAUCUCAAUCGAAUAUAAUUUCCAAAUUCUAUUCAAUUCACUCAUUUGCAUUUAAAAAGAAGCAACUCAUCUGAAUCAUCUUUAGGCAAACAAAUCUUUUGCUAAAAUGUCAUUAGCAACAUAUGUCAAGUAAGAAUAAGAAAAAUUCAACAUGCAAACUUCAAUGUUGACUUACCUCCAAGCAAUUUAACCUUUCAUGAUGCUGGCAGUGAAAUGAUUAUGAUGUUGAUACAUGAUUUAUGUCACAUUGAUGCGACAAAAAAAUUGUUGAGGGUAAUCAAAUUUUCCAGAGAUUAAACAGAAUGUUUUGGAAUGACACAAUUAAGCAGCAUACGUUUUUCUGAAGCAGCUAUUGACUUCAGUAAGAUUUCUGUUGAUCUCAACAUCAAUCAGACUUGUGUCUAUCCAACAUGAGCCAUUCAUUCAACCUUGAACUACUGAGGUGUCUAUAAAUAACUGAAUUCCUUUCAAUCCCUUACUUUCAAUUCUCAUUUCUCCCAUGAAAUCAAGAGAAAUUUAUUCACAUCCUCAUUCUCCUUCAUUCAAAUCCCAUUCAUUCGAGAAAAUACAUAUCAAAUAUCACUUAUUGUUGUUCACAUUUUCAAAAUACACACAUUCCACAUUCUCUUAGAAAACGGAAAAAGAUAUCGUCAAAUAAGAAAGAAAGAAAAAUUAUCAAAGUAAAUAAAUAAUGAAAUGUUGAAAUGGAGAAAUGGAAGUAAAAUAUGAGAGAAU